AUGAGCUCUUCAAAUGAAGCAGAGAACUUUUCCGCAUUUUCCUCAGUCCCUUUUCUGCCAAAUGUGAGCGCAAUCCUCAGCAGAAUCCUGAGCGGACCUGCAAACAGUACCGGCUCCUGGAACCUAACAGAGGUGCCUGAAUUCAGUGAAGACAGAAAGGAGAAAAACUGGCCAGCUCUGCUGAUUAUCAUCAUAAUUGUCUUAACGAUUGGUGGAAACAUCCUUGUUAUUAUGGCAGUAUCACUUGAGAAAAAAUUGCAGAAUGCCACAAACUAUUUCCUGAUGUCUCUUGCAGUAGCUGACAUGCUGGUGGGAAUCCUGGUCAUGCCUGUCUCACUCAUUACCGUCUUGUAUGGAUACAUCUGGCCAUUACCUACAAAACUGUGUCCCAUUUGGAUUUAUUUUGAUGUCUUAUUUUCAACUGCUUCCAUAAUGCAUUUGUGUGCAAUAUCUUUGGAUCGUUAUAUCGCCAUACGAAAUCCCAUCCAUCACAGCCGCUUCAACUCAAGGACUAAGGCUCUCAUGAAAAUAAUUGCUGUUUGGACCAUAUCAGCUGGUAUUUCUAUGCCAAUCCCUGUUUUUGGUCUUCAAAAUGAAAAAAAAGUUUUGAAAGAUGGCAGCUGCGUUCUGACAGAUAAUCAUUUUGUCCUGGCGGGCUCCUUCGUGGCAUUCUUCAUUCCGCUCACAAUAAUGGUAGUCACUUAUUUCUUAACUAUUAGAGCCUUGCAGCAAGAAGCUACAUUAUGCUUAAAUUUAUUCAAACCCAAACCCAAAUGGUCUCCAUUUAGGAUGUUUCUUCAGAAAGGACCUCUGUCAGUCAACUCAUCAGAGAAAGCCGUGAUGCUAACAAAAUGCAACAUUAAAAACACAUCACCACAAAUGCUAUCUAGAUGGUCUUUAAAUAAAGAACUGGGGCCUUCAGUAAAACGGUCGAUGCAAUCAAUCAGCAAUGAACAGAAGGCGUCCAAGGUUCUUGGAAUUGUGUUUUUCCUCUUUGUUGUGAUGUGGUGUCCAUUCUUUAUAACAAAUGUAAUGUUUGUAAUAUGUCUGGAGGUCUGUGAUAAAGAACUCAUUGAAGAACUCCUGAACAUAUUUGUCUGGGUAGGUUAUGUUUCCUCUGGUAUCAAUCCAUUGGUGUACACCCUCUUCAACAAAACCUACCGGUCCGCCUUCUCUCGCUAUAUUUACUGUCAGUACAAGGAAGACAGAAAGCCUCAUCCGAAAAUAUUAGUCAGCACGGUACCUACCCUGGCAUCAAGCAAAGACAAACUGCAGCUCUCUAGUACAGAGAGCUUGAAAAACUGUGCAGAAAUGAGGACCAACAUCCCUUCUAUUGAAACACUGGGAAAAGAAUAUCUGGAAACAUCAAAGGUUGCAGCAGUUCAUAUCACAGAGAAGGUCAGUUAUGUUUGAAUGCAACUGAAAAUAUGAAUGCCUUCAUCCAGACAGUUA